AUGCACUUUUGUGGCGCUGGACUGCAGCAGGGAGAUAAGGCCCCCGCCUACACGCCACUCACUUUCUUGGGAAUCCAGAGCUCGGCCUGUAAACAUUGCCCCAUCCAUCACUGUCAUGUCCAACUGUCUGACGACAAAGUGCCAACGCCACGGCCCGCUGCAGAGCUGCUGUUGGCUUUGCCACGGUCCAAUAGACACGCAGCACAAGGCCACUGCGAGCUGCGUGUGAGAGGCAGUGGUGGCCCGGCUCAGAGCCCUGCAUCAGGCCUCCAUCAUGAUAAGGUCUUAUCAGUGCAGAGCAGCCUCCAGCUAAAGCCACGGCCCUGUCACAGGCUGCAGGACACUGAGGACAUGAGCAGAAGCGUUCUGUCAGGCUGCAGGCACUGUCACCAGGGCUGCACCAAUAACCGCCCUAGAGCCCUGGUCAAAGCCCCUGGAGCAAGAAGAGUCUGCCUUAAGUCACCAAAGUGUCAUCACCACAGGCCGUCUCAGGACUUCUGCUGCUGUCUCCAGACUCUUGAGAUGGAGGAUUCGUCGGAGCACUCGCACUGGGACAGUCCAUCCUUGCUCAGCCCAGACCCUCUGUCCAGCUUCUCCUCAGAGGCUGGUCUGCUGCCUCCUGGGGAUGAGGCAGAGUCCUUCUUCACUGCCGUGGACUCGGAUUACAUCCUGCCCUCCUUCUUCAACAGCACCAGCCGACCCUUGUCCUCCUACAGACACAGCUCUGUGCGUCCAGUCUUCAGCUCCCCAAGUCUCUACUCCAAUCUGCAGCUGUUAGACGCUCCCAGCACCAGUCACUGCCUGAGCUCAGCCUACCCUCCUUCCUCCAGCUGGAGCAGUACCGCUUUGUCUAAACAGCCCAGUGUGCCCCUGUACAGCCCGGGCCUCUCCACGUCCUACUGCACGUCCCCAUCUCGAGACGCCUGUGACAGCCCCCAGCUGCAGGAUGUCCUGAAGGCCGAGCGCUCCAGCCCUCUAGGGGGGUCAGUGGUCACCAGCAGCUUUCUGAACUUGACCCCUGCAGGAGGCAGCAUGUACACACAGGCUUCACACCAUGUGCUCAGUCCCUACAGCUCUUACAUGACCCCCCCUCAGGAGUACGGCUCUUCAGGACUGUACACCAACCCGAACUGGAUCAGCCCCUCCUACUCCCCCAAACUGCGCCACAAGCUCCGCAUUUCCACUCCAGAGGCCAGAGAAUGUGUGAACUGUGGGGCCACAGCCACCCCUCUGUGGCGACGUGAUGGAACAGGCCACUACCUGUGCAACGCCUGUGGACUGUACCACAAGAUGAACGGCCAGAACAGACCUCUCAUCCGGCCCAAGAAAAGACUGAUUGUCAGCAAGCGAGCUGGGACCCUUUGUGCCAACUGCCACACCAGUACAACCACACUGUGGAGGCGGAAUGCUAAUGGUGAACCAGUGUGCAACGCCUGCGGACUCUACUUUAAACUACACAACGUCAACCGCCCUCUCACCAUGAAAAAAGAUGGUAUUCAAACACGCAACAGGAAGGUGUCCAGCAAGAACAAGAAGAGCAAGAAGACGGCCCUCAUGGAGUCCUACUCAGAAAUGCCCCAUGGCACUCAUCUGGAGGAGAGUGGGCCCUUCUCUCUGGCCCCUGGAACUCUGCUCUCCUACAACCACCCAGCACACCUCAUGUCAGGCCCAGGCACGCUGCACCCGCCUGGAGUCCUGUCUUACUCUCACCAUCUCAGCCCUGGCAUGGUGUCCUCACUAGUGUAG